GUCACAGUGGUAGAUCCGAUGGCGGUAGCGUGCUUCGGCUGAGUCGGCUCCACACCUAUUUGUUCCAUUAACUUGCCCUACCUACCCUACCCUACCUCACUCUGCCUGGGGUGCGUGUGUGUGUGUGUCUGUGUGCAUCUUUCUUUUCUGAGAUUAAUUCCCCGAUCCUCCAAGCUCCUCGGCUUUGGCCAGAGACGCCUGUGUUCACCUACCUCACUCAGCCGACCUGAGUGAUGCUUCUGCGGGAUCUGGAUGGGACUGGUCGUCGAUGACAUGACUACAAUGGCCAUAGCACAACACACGACCAACGACAUGGCCACGGUCCCGAGGCCCAUUGAGCGCCUGCCGGUCAGGAAGAGCAGUGCGGACCAGAAGGAGGCGAUGAAUUGCAAAAGCUGUCGCAAGCGAAAAAUCAAGUGCAACCGGACGAAGCCCAGCUGUGAAGCGUGUCAGGUCUUUAGCUGUUCGUGCAUCUACGACGCCAUUCCGAAGAAACGAGGACCCAAGACGGAUGUUCUGGAGGCGUUGCUCAAACGUGUCAAUGGUCUGGAGAAGCGACUAAAGGACGAGAAAAAGUCAGCCUCCCCCGGAGCAUCGCCCACGAGCUCUGAGAGCGACAAGCACGGCUCACAGAAGAGCAGUGAGGAGGUCGAGAAGCCUCCUGCUCCUCAUCCUCCUCAUCCUCAUCCUCAUCCUGCAUCGCCCAUGCUCGACUUUGAUUUUGCAGAGCCCAUCAUGCAUCCGCCACCGCGAUCCAUUCCGAGACCGAUCACGUCGGCGCCACCCGCACGACGAGAGGCCAUGGCCUUCACCAGUGCCUUGCUCGACACCUACUUUGCCCGGCUGCACGAUAAACCCUACUAUAUUCUGGAUGAGACAGCUACGCGCCAGAGGCUCCGUGAUGGUCGAUUACCCGUCUUUCUCAUCGACGCCAUUCACGCGGUGGCGAUUCGCUAUUUGCCCCACUUGUGCGGUGGGCAGGCGGGUGCCAUGAGAGCCAGUCAGGAAUGUGUUGUGCGAGCGAGGUCGCAGAUCGAUGUGGACGAGCCCAACAUUGACAACCUUCAGGCGUUACUGCUGCUCGCCAUUGCCAACUUCCAGAAUGGCAGAGGGAAGAGAAGUUACAUGUCUCUCACGCAUUCCGUGAGCAUUGCCUUGGCCCUCAAUCUCCAUCGAGAACUGCCCGCGGAACUGCGAAUCGCCCCCUCGGAACGAGAAGGCCGCCGGAAAUUGUUCUGGACGUGCUAUCUCAUGGACCGCUUUGAAAUCAGUGGGAGCAAGAGACCGUCUCUCAUCGCCGACGAGUCCAUUUACUUGCGACUGCCGGCGUGGCAGCCUCCCGGAUCUCAAGUCUUGGUCGAUGGCAAUUUCUUUCCCAGUAAUGGCCAGUUCUCGGCUGUAUCCAAUGCUGCUCAGGGCAGCGGGGCCAUGCUCAUUGAGAUUGUGCACGUCCUGGGCAUCACCAAUCGAUAUCUGGCUGCGGGCGGUGUCAAGGGAGAUUCGCAUUUCCCGUGGCAUACACACUCCACCUUGUCGAAGAUACGAUCGAGUUUGGACCACUGGGCAGCCGCGACACAGGACAUCUUCACAUCGAUUGACACCUUAUUCGGAUCGCAUGACUCCUCGACGCUGGUGCUGAGCAAGCUCAUCUAUCACCUGAUCCACUGCCUGAUCUACCGCCCCUUCUUGCCCAUUGAUCUGGCCGAACUGUCGGGAACGGGUCAGCAUCAGUCCUGGCAAAUCGAGGCUACGAAUCUGUGCGGAUUGCACGCCAAUGCCAUUGCAGAGUUGGUCGAGAUCGGAAGGAAUACAGCACUUCUGGACUGGCCCUCCUUUGUCGGCUAUGCAGUCUGUACGGCCGGCACGAUACACGUACACGGUGCCCACUACUUGUCCUAUCGAGGAGGAGGAGACACCUUCUCCCAGAGCGCGGAAUUCCUGCAUCGAGAAAUGGCAAUGCUGUAUGAGCUCCGAUCGAUCUGGGCCGGCGUGCAGCAUCAGCGAGACACGUUGCAAGCAGUAUACGCCAGCCAUGCACAACUCGUCAAGCAACUGUCCAGCAAUCCCAUGCGCUUCUCUCCCGCCUUCCAAAUGGAAGAUUUCUUCGAUCGAUAUCCCGGCUGCUAUAUCGAUGGUGCCCACGUCAGCUUCUCCGACAUCAUCCUCGAUGAAAUCCACGAGGGACUCGCAUCCAUCCACGAUAUCGACCACGCGUGGCGAACGACGACGACGACGACAAGCACAUACCACCAAGCUACCACCACCGUGCCCCCUCAACCUUUCUCGCGAGCUCGCCUUCCCGGGGCAGCAGUGCGCAAACCCACCCGACGACGCGCCACAGCACCGACCCUUGCCCACGGCACUCCCCGAAUGGAAUUUGUCGCAGAUUCUCUCGAACUGAAUCAUCAAUCGCACACUUCUUCCGAAAUGGCCAUUAUCGAUGAACAACAACACAGUAGUGACUCUCAAGGAGGAGGAGGAGGAGCAGACGAGUCGCAGC